CAAUAACAACUGUGAAGAAUUUGUGCCAAUCGUUGAAAGUUUAAUAUACUGGAAUCGCGUUCUUGGAAUUUGUUGGGAAUUUGUUUUUGGUGAAAUCGGGUUUCAAAACACAAAAAUAAUUUCAAACUGUGAAAAUAAUCAAGCUAUAAUGAUAAUAAAUCAAGGUAUAGAAGCAAAUUCUUUUUCUAGCCGUAUUUUUGUACAUGACUAUCCAAAUAGUCCAAAGAUUGAAGCACAUUAUGAAUCAAAUGGGCGAUUAUACUACUCAUAUUAUAAUAUUAUUUCUUUGGGAACAUAUCCCGCAACACCAAAAUUAACUCAAAAAAAUGGCUGGAAUAAUACACCUCAAUAUCCAAUACCCGAUAAUUAUGUUGUUGAAACAACACUUGCUGAGCAAAAUCUUAGAUGUGAAACUAAAUAUAUUUCAAGUUUAAAAGUACAAUAUACAAUUAUUUGGAAAGAAGAUCGUGCAGAAUAUAGUGUAUAUAGUACAAAAUCAUCUACAGCAGUUAUUAAUACAUAUUUACAGGUAUAA